AACUCAGAGAUCGAAAUCCUGUCCAACCAAGGUGUACGCAUCGAGCCAGUGACUAAAAGUCAUGUGGAACUUGUUCUCGUCGAUCCGUCACUCUUGAGUACAAGAAGCAAAUUCCAGUUGGACUUUGAGUUCAGAACAACAGCUCCCAAUGGCGUCUUGUUCUAUGGGCGUCCCCACGGCCACAACGGCCAAUCCAUAGCCUUGAUUUUACAGAACGGAGACCUCAUGUACAAGAUCAAGUGCCCAACGCUACACGCAGACAUUUUCAUCCCGACUCGUAACAUGACGCAGCUCAACGACGGGAAGUGGCACUCCAUCUCCUACAGCGUCAAGUUCAAGCGACACGGGCGCAAAGGGUUCAUCAACAUUGACGGUUUCCCCACACCCAAGCGUUACGAGGUGAGCUGCGACCACAUGGCAUCGCUCAUCAUGGGAGGAACGUCGCCCAAAGACCGCGGCUACAUUCAUGAACUUGAGAAUCUACCCGGCCAUUUCGAGGGUUGUAUCAGAAAUGUGCGCAUCCCCACCGCACUUCUCUCGCCCCCGAAGUACUAUGCCGUCUCUGUAUGUGACUAAUUGCCCUCGCUACACUUAUCAGCACUGCCGCAAAACACGAAUGAUGUACAAGACAAUGACGCCAUAGGAUGGUCAUUGCUCUUCUUGCCCUCUCCUCACUGCUGCAGCACUCGUUGGCAUGGUUACCGGUACCGGAAAUGGACGCCCACGAAAUUAUGCUCUAUUACAGUACUGUGACAUGAUUCAGUGGCUUUACUAGGUUCGGGGACAUUACAUAAUGCGUAUUAUUAGACACCAAGCACACUUUUAGUAUGUUUUGCCUGCGGGGAACUGUCCUGCAGCUGUAGAGACUAAGAUGUGUCUGGUUGAUUGGGAAACAGGCACCAAAACCUGCGCAGUUGACAUUUUCAUAGUGAUUUACGAAAAGUUGGGGAGACGAUGGGCGUGAAACAUUCUUCCAAUUGGAAAGAAUUUAACAUUCUAACAAGUAUGGACGAUACUAGAAUUCGGAAAAUAGGACGAAGAGACGUGAGAAAGGAAGGAAACCCAAAAAAAAGAGACAAUUCAAGAUAUGACGUAUACAAGACGCUUAAUCGUUAUAAAAUUAAUCUUUACUGGUGAGUUUUAGCCGGUGUCCAUUCUGCAAACAAUAAUAAUAUAGAUCUAAUAUAAUAAUGCUAGAACUGGCUAGAGCUAUUCAAAAACGAUUUUGGCUUCGGAGUUAAAAACAAUGAGACCAUCAACACUGUCGUGUUUUUUUCUGAAUGUAUGUGUACAAAUGUAUGCAAUUCUGUGUCUUGGCUUUUGUGCAUUAUAUUUGUAAAAA